CUGACGACGACACUAAAUGUGACUUGCAAAGAAAAGACAAAAUAUGAAAGAAAAAAAGCAGAGAGGAAGAAACAUUGGGAGCUUCUCCUUGUGCUCUGUGCAAAUCCCAGAGAGAUUGCAAAUGACAAGCACAUUACAAGUCAGUAUUGUGUUAAAACAACAAAUGUAAGGCAGAUUUUGACAGUUUAUAGUUUUGUGCAUGUACAACUUUAUAGACCAUAGUCAAAACCAUCUUCCAAAUCCUUCUGUGCAGCACUGUGUAUAAAGCACAAACACAAACAGAAGGAUGACAGGGAAAUGGAAACCCACACCUGUGAUUACAGUAUACAAGGAAAUAAGCCAAGUCCAAAAUCUGAAUUUCUCUCUCACUCAAAUGUAUUUUGUAAUGGUCCAGAUACUGACAAUCCAAACCAACGUUAUGGAGCUGUCCUUUCAUGAAGAACUGUGGCUCAAUGACAGUGCACCACACAACACCACAGUCUUGGAAACCAGUGCAAUCCUGGAUGGAGCCAUAAGUAUAGGAACUGUGAUCGUCCUCUUCAUCACCAUGAUAUCUUUGGGCUGUACCAUGCAGGUAUCCAAGAUUAGGGAUCACAUAAUGAAGCCAAAAGGAGUUGCCAUAGCAGUUGUGGCCCAGUAUGGUGUCAUGCCCCUCACAGCCUUCGCCCUGGGCAAGGUGUUCCAGCUGAGGCCUCUGGAAGCCGUGGUGGUGCUGGUCUGUGGCUGCUGUCCGGGGGGUAACCUGUCCAACAUUCUGGCCCUGGCUCUUCAGGGAGACAUGAACCUCAGUAUUGUGAUGACCACCUGCUCCACCGUGCUGGCGCUGGGAUUGAUGCCUCUGCUCCUGUACCUGUACUGCCACGGCAUCGCUGACGUGGGCAGCGCUGUCCCCUACACUGGCAUCACCCUGGCUCUGACCAUGACCCUGGUGCCCUGUGGCAUCGGCAUCCUCAUCAACCACUUCCGGCCGCAAUACUCCAAGACCAUCACCAAGGUGGGUAUCUCCAUCAUGCUGGUGUCCAUGGUGAUCAUAGGCAUCUUGGCCGGCCUGACCAUGGCUAACAGCAUCCUCCAGGUCCUGUCCCCGACCCUCACAGCCACGGCUGCCCUCAUGCCCCUCAUCGGCUACACCUUUGGAUACGCCAUCUCCUAUCUCUUCAGACUCGACGGAUCGGGCCGGAGGACGAUCGCCAUGGAGACAGGCUGUCAGAACAUCCAGCUGUGCUCCACCAUUCUGAAGGUGGCCUUUCCCCCGGAGGUCAUUGGCCCUUACUUCCUGUUUCCUCUGAUAUACAUCUUGUUCCAGAUAGUCGAAGCUGGUCUGCUCAUCCUAGUGUUCAGGUGCCACCAGCACUUCAGCAAGCCAAACAAAGAGUCAGAGGUGUACCAGGCAGUGAGCAGCCACCUGGAGGAGGUGAAGGAGCCAGCUGAUGUGAACGUUUGACAAAAAGGCCUCACAGAAAAAGCUUGGGACUUUUUCCAGUGUUGGUACGAGGCCCCUCCAAGGUUUCUGAGGAACUUGGACCAUCCUAUAGUCUACACGGAGUCGAAAUUGUGAUGUCUCAGUGAAAGGUCAAGCAGACUGAGAAUUGUCACAUUGGUGACCACAUUAAGCUGUGGAGUAAGAUAAGUGUUUGAGUCCAUCGGCCUUGAUGCGUGUUUGGACUUCUGUACCGUGUUCCAGGUUUUGUGGCAGGCAGUCAAAUAUAAAAUGAGUUGAAGAUGUUGACAGGUAUGUACAGCAAGAACUACCAGAGAAACCUUUUCCAAGUUUAUUCUUUAUUAAGCUCUGACAUACACAAAUAAGUUACUAUGUCUUGUUUGAAAGAGUUUGGUCCUAAUGUCAUUUUUGAUCACAUACAAAUGUUGCCUUUCUAUAAGAUUAACAAUAAAAACCGUACAUGUAUUAUGAAUACAAAAUAUUUUUAUUUUUUCCAACGGUCAAGAGGAUCGUGUUCCAAACUUUGUACUAACAGUACGUUGUUGCACAAUCCUCCAGACACCACCAUACAUUGUAAAAAGAAAACAUAUACAUUGCUUUACAGAAACAAUAUUUCAUACAACCACUCUGAACAUUCAAUACAAUGCAUAAAAAAGAACAGCAUGAACAACAUUUAAAAAAAUGUAUUCAAACGGGAGCAUAAAAAAAAAAAAAAGUUUUAAUAAAUCACAGCAUAAAACAACCCCAAACUGUUAAACCUUUAAGCUUAGAUAAGUUCUAUUCAAAGCAUUUCCAAAACUCAAUAAUCACCGUGCAUUAUCUUUCAUCGACAGUUCCUGAUAAGAGCUGCCAGCCUGGGGAGGGGUCAUUCGCACAGGCGCUUUAAUAAUAAAAUAAAAAAAUAUUCCAACCAUUAUUUUAAGCCCAGAUACUGACCACAA